AUGAAUGAAGCGAUGGAUGUGGAGGAGAAGAAGAAGAUGGAGGGGAACAAGCUGAUGGGGAUCGCCAAGGUUUUAAUUGUAAGUGGAGUGUAAAUUAUCAAUAAAAACGGAUUUCUUUAAAUAAGUAGGUGAUGCGUCGAUGGCUGACUGGAGAUAUGGCUAAAGAAGCCAGAAUCGAGCACAGUGAUGCCAUGAUGACCACUUUCUUUGAAUCCAUUGCUGCUGGCAACUUAAGACUUCUGCGGAAACUGGAAGCUCAAAAGAAACAAACCACGAUUCAGAGAAUAGUAGGAUAUUUGACUGACACAUUCCCUGUCUCCUCGAGUAUCUUCUAUUACUGGACUGAGAUCGUGGCAAUCUCUUGUAUUUAUAAUGUAAUCACAGUAACUUUGGGAGUAUUCGAAGAAUUCAGCGUUUAUUUCAAGACCUGGAUUAAGUAUAACAUAAUUACGGACGUCGUGAACCUCAUCGAUAUAUUCGUGCAAAUGAGAAAAGGCAAGAUUACGGCUAUUAGAUGCCUGCUAAGUGAUGAAAAGUAACGCUUUGAUUGCAGAGAGGUUGCAAGAAGGAGUCAUCGUCCAAGGGUUCUGGAAGACCACCAGUAUCUAUCUUCGGAGGUGACCCAUCGCCCAAGAUAAUGUCAUGUUUUUGUUUCAGUCGGUGGUUCCUCUACGAUUUCCUGGCCCUUCUCCCCACUGAUAUCUUCCUCAUCUUUACUCCGCGUCUCACUUUUACACGGAUCAAUCGUCUCUUCAAGGUCCAUCGAGUAUCGGAUUUCAUUGUCCGAACUCAAGUUCGAACCAACUUCCCACAUCUGUUCCGCCUUCUGAGGUUGCUCGUGAUCUGCUACACGGUCUUCCAUUGGAACGGUUGUCUGUAUUAUCUCUUCAGUUUGAUGUUUUCUUUCGAAAAUGCCUCUAUCGAGGAUUGGGUUUACACUCCAGACAAGAUUCCUGAUGUCAGAUAUCCCCUGUGCGAUGCCCGUUUCAAUACUGGCCAAUGUUUGUUCAAUGAGACGGGACUCGACUACCUAAACAGAGAGAGUUAUAUCGAUCGAUUAGUGGAGUUCUAUAGAGGGAAAUACAUCGAAACAGACCUUGGGAAUUUUACAAAGAAGUACGGGCUUUGUUUCUACUGGUCGGCGCUUACUUUGACUACCUUGGGAGAACAACCUUGGCCAAAUAAUACUUUCGAGAUGGUGUUUGAAGUGACGGACACGUUGCUGGGAUUGCUGUUGUUCUCCAUUAUUGUCGGAGACAUCGGCAACAUGGUAACUAAUGUAAACUCGACCAGGAUGAGCUUCGAAGAGCUCAGGGACGGCUGUAAACAGUACAUGGACUUUCGGUAAUCGUGGUGGUAGAGUUGACAUUUUGCUGACGGUGUGAAUAAUGACAACAUUUCAAUACCGAUUUUUGAACCCACUUGUAAAAUUGAUUUUAUCGCGUCAUGGCAUUUUCGGAAUUUGGACACUUCCGAAACCGGGAGAAAACAGAAGAAUAAGGCUCCCUGUACUACUUAAGAAAAGAAAUAAAGAUCAAAAAAAUGUGCAGCAUUUUCGAAAUUAAAAGCUGUAAAUCCACUCAGAUGGUUGAGGUGGUAGUUCUAAGCCUUGUCUUUUGUUUUUGCACGGUGCCGGAAGUGUCCAAAUUCCGGAAAUGUCGCGGUGCCGAUUUAAUUCUAUUUUUUAGCCAUGUACAUCGUUUUGUUGCGAAGCGAAUUAUGGAUUACUUGGAAUACAGUUGGAGUGUGGGUCAGUUGACUCUUGACGAAUCCCAGAUCGUCCGAUCAUUACCCACCCGAUUACAUGGACAGUUGGCUGUACACAUUCAUAUGGAAACUCUAAAGAAAGUUACACUCUUUCAGGUGAGUUAACCACGUUCUCGGUAUUAUGAUAUUUUUGUUUAGGAAUGCGAACCCGGAAUGUUAUACGAGAUGGUGAUGAGAUUAAAACUCCAAGUCUAUAGCCCGGGAGAUUUCGUCUGUCGAAAGGACGAUGUUGGAAAGGUAACUAUUUAUUUAAAUCACUAAUAGUACAAGCAGAAAGGAAAGAAAGGAGGGUAGAAUGAGUUUGGCCGAGUUACAGUAAUCAUUAAAACAAUAACAAGUUACGAUUCGUCCACCCAAAAUAGAGGUUUGUUGACAGGCAUCCACACCGCCUAAGGGCAGAAUAUUGCAACCUCUGACCAUCGAGAUGAGAGAGCGAUCAUCGUUGAUAAAGUUGCCCACUGAAGUAUUAAAAUAAUAUAAGUAGUGUAAUAUUAAAAGUGGAACUUCGCAGAUACUCUCACAUAGCUUUAAACUUACUCUUGUCGACUCCCCCAGAGUAAGUAGCUAUUUUAAUACAUCCGAAGAACCCGAAAGGACAUGUCUGUGACAUGUAUCGUGUGCAUAACUUGUCAUUGCCAGUCUUGAUACAUUGAUAACAAUUAAUAGCCCCGCAAUUCUGAAGACAGAUAAGCAGACUCAGAAGGAUGAGACUUGUCCUGGUCAUCCUAUAUCUGUUUUUUAUUAUUUUGCGCAAAAAUACCUUGAUUCCCCUCAGGGCGUGUUUGCCUUGCCCAUAAAAUGGAGGGCUGACUUCAGAUGAAUCAUGAUUUAAUUUCCCGAAAAGGUUGCCAAUUAUUCUUACAAUUAGUCUCAUCCAUGUGUAACACUCUCUGAAAAUGUUUGCGAUCUUCUAAUUUGAUUAUAGUUUUUAUAAAUAAGUAUGAUUUAAUGAUAAUUAUCUAACCAAGGUGCAUUUAGGAGAUGUACAUAAUAAAGAAAGGGCGUCUGGAAGUGGUGGAUGAGGUCAAAAAUACCGUUUUUGUCACUUUGGAAGAAGGGAAAGUGUUCGGGGAACUGUCCAUCUUGGACGUUCCAGGAAAUAAGAACGGGAACAGAAGGAGUGCCUCAAUUAGAUCCGUUGGAUACUCCGAUCUGUACGUGCUGACAAAGGAUGACCUGCUCGAAGUUAUGAGAGAUUACCCAGGCUCUAGGAACUCUUUAGUCGAGAAAGGUGUGUUUGUGUUUCAGUAAUAUUUUUUUUGGAUAUUUUUUGUUUGAUAAGGACUCUGAGUCCAUAAAAUAUUGAAUAAAAUGUUUCCCUUUAACAGAGGUGGCCUCCAGGCCGGCCCGGCCCGGUGAUGCCACGAUCGGGCCGGGCCUGACAAAUUUUGAAACGGGCCGGGCCCCUGGCCUGAAAUUUUAAAAAGGAGGCCCGCCGCGUCGUAGACUUUAAUAAAGUUUAUUGGCGGCAGAAGUUCCAGUUUUAUAUUUUGCGUUUAUGCAUAAAUGUCAUCCGAUACUGAAAUGACGUAGUAACAACAUGAUUUAAAUUUUUAAUUGCAGCCAAGGCAAUCCUUCGAAAAGAUAAUAUCCUGGACGAAGAGCUGGCGGAAAGACAAGGAAGCUGGGCCAAUCCGGCCAAUCUGAUCCUAGAAGAACGACUUGAGCUUUUGGGACACGAAGUGAGCCUCUUUACGAGACUUCUGGACGAAUAUACGGAGAAGAUUCAUGUAAUUCCACACUUUUCGGUUCAUUAAACCGGUUUCAGAAGGAUAUGGCGAGCUGGAAACGACGCUUGGCCAAGCUUGAAGCCAAAUAUAGCCGUCGCCGAAGGUGCCGCGAUUAUUUGGAGGAGCCCGAGGCGGUUGUGGGUGGGGUCUCAUCGUUAAGGCCCUGAAGCGCGGAUGCGUUCGGGCGUUUCGGAAUCAGCGGCCGAUGAGUAUAGUGUUUGUUUCGCCCGAGACCUCCUCUCUUUAUCGAUACCGAAAUUUAUUCCUCCGGAAUUGGAUUUCAGAUGAGGCUGAAUGGGAUAUGAUCGGGUGUAGGAGUGCUCUGCUGAAAGGGAUGUCGCGGAUUGACGGGCUCUCCAUCUUUGGCCCUGCAUGUUGACAUAUUCCGAGUUUACCCUUUAGCGGAACUUUAUCUCAAUUCCAGUCAGCCCUCUUAUUUAUUGCCCAAACCCUCUCGCUUUAAACAGUUAUUAUUAUUUUCGAAGCGGAUUGCACGGCGAGUCGCACGGUGAAGCACGGCCGCGCACUGGCGGACACUUUUAUUAAGCAAAUCUUGGCCUUCGUCCGUCAACUGUAUCUGGCAUCUGGGGGACGGAUUCUGUCAAGAGCAUGGAGUGCGUUGUUGUUAUUUUUUAUUCCGUUAUUUUUAGCCAACGAACCCCGGACUGGCUGCUGGAACACGUCGGUCGUCUUCCAGCGAUGUUAUCCUACCUUUUGAACGGACAUCUCACCUUAUUUUGUGUGCUAUCGGGGGUCCUGUUGAACCUGGUUUGCAUGUAUGUAUUUAUCCGAUUCCGGCAUGGCAGCACUCCAGUCAUCCAGUGCUAUUUGGUGGGUUUUUGUUUUCCACUUUCCCAUUGUGACGUAAUCGACUUAGGAUGAUUGACAUAAUGGAUAAGAAGACUUGUUUUUUGAUUCCAGAUCACAUUGACUGCUUGGCAGACGGCCCUUUUGUGCAACGCCUUCCUUCUCUAUUGUUUCCCCACCUUGUGGUAUGGUCAUGUUGUGUCGCGAGGGGAGUAUGUUCGGGUUUAUCCUUAUGUUUAUGCCCUGGCCAAUACGACUCACACUGGCUCGGUAUGGAUUGUUUUGACGUUGACAGUUGACCGAUUCCUCGCGUUGUGUAAACCGCUGACACAUCCGACUAUUGGAAAGAGGAGGUAUGUCUUGCAUAUUCUAGAUUGUGUCCUACAUGAUAAAAUAAGAUUAAAGUCAAAGCAAGAGCCCUUUGGAGGUUGUUAUUGAGGGUGAAUGUAUUCUGAGGAGCCUCUCUAUUUCUUAAAUGAAAUUUUUAUUUUGGGAACGGAGAGCCAUACCAUUCCUCUGGUAUGACAGGACUAGUACUGUCUGUUUCCUAUUAUCUGCUAUAAACAUCUGGGCUGAAAUCUGAUAACGGAUUGGAUACAAUAGACUGAGUGAUGUUAUUAUAUACAUAUUCCACCACAUAUUUUAGUCGAGUGAAGAAGCUGAUGGUGUUUGUGUCCAUCCUGGCCAUGUUGUUCUCAGUUCCUCGGAUCUUUGAAGUCACCACAGUGAUGUCUUGUCUUCAGAAAGAGGACAAUUGUGCUCCUCAAGUAGUCCGAACAGACCUUCCCAAAGAUCGGUUGUAUUGGACCAUCUACCACAUUAUCCUUGGGACAGCUUUUGUUACUUUAGGGCCAUGUCUUUUAUUGUUUGGCCUGACUUUGAGGAUAUCCAUUGCUUUGAGGAGAGCUACAAGGCGAAGGAAAUCUCUGUGUCAGGUUAUGAAUGAAGGGACUUGUCGACAAGAGUUUUCCAAGUAAGUAGGACCUUUUUUUCAUGUAAUGAAUGUGCUAUUUCAGUAAAGAUCAUCGGGCCAAUGUCAUGCUAGUUUUAGUUAUUGCCAAAUUUCUGGUCUCGGAUAUUCUCCCAACGGUUGUUGACGUUCUAGAACAUGUAAGUUUUAAAUUUUAUCAAAAGUUUAAAAUUUUUUGUCGUGAGACAUUAUGUGAAAUGCUGAUUGUGAGAUUUGGAAUUUGAAUCCUUCGACUGGAACGCAAGUUAGGGUAAAGCGACUUCGGGAACGCAGACUCGAAGAAAAUGUUAUAAAUAGUAUUAUCAGUCUGUCGGGAAAAUAACGGCGGAUCGUCGCGCCUCGGAAUCGCCCAUCAUCGCUUUGCGACCGCGGCUAGGAAUUUGGUGCGCGAUAGCGGCGAGGCGAGACAUUUUGAUGCGACGAUCCGCCGUUAUUUUCCUGACAGACUGAUAGUAGUCCGUAGAAUUUUUUUGGCGGCGUCGCGGGGUGCGAUCGCAGAAAAUUGCAUGUCGGUAGUGCAAAAACGGGAAGUCAAAGCGGCGGGAAAAAAAACGCACCGUGCAAAAUUCUGCUAAAUUUAUGGUGCGACUAUGGGCAAUGAUUUUUAAAAAAUUUCGUCGCACAAGUCCGUCCGAACCCUGCAAAUUUAGUUCAAAGUUAAAAGUUGCGCAACCUGACACAACUUUGCGCAAUUUCUCUCUUUGUAAAAAUUUCGGCGCUACCACAUUUCGGGUCAGGGACAACUCGGGUCAACGAUACCGUUUAAUAUUUUCGCUUCGGGACUGGGGAUAAAGAUUUUUUUGGUGCAUUUGAACAAAUCUUUGAAAUGUAUUCGCCUCGGGGCUUGGGAAAAGGAAUUUUUGUAGGAGCUUAUUUUUAAGAAUCCCAUGCAUCCAAUUAAAAACGUAAACCAUGGAUAAGAUUUUCUUAUUUGCUCGUUGCUUAUAAACACUAUUUUCCUAAAAAAAAUAAAAGAAUAAAACUCAAUUCUCCAAAAAAUUUUUUUUCCCCAGUCCCGAAGCGAAAACAUUUCAAAAAUUUGUUCAAAUUCUCCAAAAAAUCCUUUUUUCCAAGUCCCGAGGCGAAAACAUUUCAAAAAUUUUUCAAACUCUCCAAAAAAUUCUUUUUUCCCAGUACCGAAGCGAAAAUAUUAAACGGUAUCGUUGACCCGAAAUGUCGUUGACCCGAGGUGUCGUUGUCCCGAAGUGCCGCGACAAGAGUUGUCCCUGACCCGAAAUGUCGGGACGCGAAAAUUUCUGCCUUUCUCCGUCGCCUCCUCCUUUUCUGUCAACUGUGGACUAAAUUUGCAGGGUUCGGACGGACUUGUGCGAUGAAAUUUAAAAAGUCAUCGUUCAUGUAUCUGUUACUACCUUACAUUUAAGAGUAUAUAUAAAUUACUGAAAAAAUUUAAUUCCAAAAAAAUUUCAAUUAUGUUUGAGGAAUUUUAUUAGAUGCCGCAAAAUCCACUGUAAAUAUAGGAAUGUAAAAUGUAAGUGUAAGUUACGUAAAAAAUAUAAUUUCGAGAAAAAAUAGUGUUCUUACAUUUUUUCCAGUAAUUUACGCUUUUACAUCUUUACACUCGCAAUUUUACAAUCGUGUUUUUUCUAGAAUUAUUAUAGGACUUCUUAGAUUUUUUUGAAAUCAGCAGGUUUCGGUACCCGGGGUUGCUUUACUCUAUUCUGGGCCGAAAUCAACUGGAAAGCAGAGGUUUCGGUUAGAUUACCUUGAGUUUUUUAUUACGUAAUAUUGGAUGAUUUCAGUUGGUCGGUAACCACGCUUUCAUGUCAAGUUCCACAGCCACGGUCUUUGUUGACUUUAGCAAUUUCCUCCUUGUUCUUAAUUGCUCCACAAACUUCUGGGUAUUCUUUUUUUGGGGGAAAAGAUUCAGAAGGUACUGCUUCUGUUUACUUUCCAAUUCGUGUCUGGCACCCUGGUUAUCCAAAUGGAUUUCCAAAGAGAGUGUAAGUCUGAUUAAAAUUUAUGAAAAGACGUUCCCUCUUUACUUUUGAAUGUAUUUGUUAUAAGUAAUGAUGUCAUAAAAAAUAUUUUUUUCUGAAUAUUUAGCAGGUAACUAGCUUCUUGGCGCUGAAUCAGGCAACCUGCACAACCAAGUUACGCAAUCCCGCCAGUCUGAGUGACUUCAGCCGCAAACGAAAUUCCUUUUCACCUGGUGAUCUCGAGAACAAGAUUAACACCUCCCUAACUCAACAUCAACUAUUCCCAGCUGGAGAAUUUGGCAUCCCUCGUACUCAACGAGCUCGUUCGUAUGCAGCCGUCGAGGGUUGUGUGGAACGACGGAAGUUCUUCUGA